AAGGGCUCGCGGACUCUUCAUUCUUGCAGCAGAUCACAGCCAUGCUUCAUCUAAUCAUCGCCGUCGCUCUCAUCGGAGCUCUUUAUGUCGUUUUAGUGGAGACUCUGUUUAAGAAAUCUAAAUGUAAAGGCACCGCCGAUGUGACCGGUAAAACGGCUAUAAUUACAGGUGGAAAUACAGGUAUCGGUAAGGCCACGGCUAUGGAUCUGGCUGGCCGUGGAAUGAGAGUGAUACUGGCUUGUAGAAACCAGCAGAAGGCCGAAGCCGCAAUAAACGAUAUUAAGAAGGCCACAUGCAGCAACGAUAUCGUGUAUAUGGAGCUUGAUCUCGGGAGCCUAAAAUCUGUGCGAGCUUUUGCGGAGACUUUUCUCAAGACUGAGUCCAGACUGGAUCUGCUCAUCAAUAACGCAGGUCUGGUGGCUGAUGGUAGAACCACGGAUGGCUUUGGAAUAGAGUUUGGCGUCAACCAUCUUGGUCAUUUUCUUCUCACCCAUCUUCUGUUGGACCGUCUGAAGGAGAGUCCUGCGUCCCGAGUCAUCACGGUGGCCUCCAUGGCUUACCGCUGGGGCAAGAUUGAUUUUGAUUCUCUUAUUUCCACUAAAGAUCUCGGAUCAGGACGAUACAGUUGGCAGUUUUUCCAGGCAUACUGCAACAGCAAACUGUGCAAUGUCUUAUUCACUCAUGAGCUGGCCAACAGGCUGAAGGGUUCGAAUGUGACUUGCUACAGUGUUCAUCCAGGUGUCGUGAAGACUGAGCUGUCCCGCCAUGUGAGUCUCUGGCAGAAGGUGUUUAUUGAGCCAGUGGCUAGACUUCUUUUCCUGGAUCCAAAUACCGGAGCCCAGACGACCCUCCAUUGUGCCGUUCAGGAAGGAAUCGAACAUCUGAGUGGACGUUAUUUCUCCUGCUGUGCUGUGGAGGAAGUCUUUGCCAAUGCCAAAGAUGAUGCAGUGGCCAAGAAACUCUGGGACGUGAGUGAACGACUCAGUGGACUUUCAUAAACAUGUCGAAAGCAUUUUAAUUCUGGUGGAUGGAGCCCCUGUCUGGUUUCUAAUGACUACAAAUGUACACUUGAAAAAAAUCCAAGUAUGAAGUGAUGAAACUGACUUGCUGUAGAAUGUUCUGUUUAUAGACUCGCAAUUGUUAUUUACAAAGUUUACAGUGUUUUUUACUUGUAUAUGUACUUGUAUAGAUGUUGUGUUGGUGUUUUUUUAUUUUGUAUUAAAGUAUCUAAUGGA